GAUUCAACGCCAUUUUGUUCUCUUCUUCUUCGUUCUCCAUCUGCGCACGGAUCUCCCUUAUCUUGUCGAUUAAAUCCUCUCAGAAUCAUGUUGACGGAAACACCAUUUAGGGCAAGAGAGAAGCUUCUGGAGAAGCAGAGGUUGUUCCAGAGCAUCCAGAGGCACACUUACCUCAAAGGACCUAUGGACAAGGUCACCUCCGUUGCCAUCCCUCUUGCCUUGGCUGCUUCUUCUCUCUACAUGAUUGGGACAGGAAUCUACAACAUGUCGAAUGGAAUCGGGAAGAAGGAAUAAGUAAACAGCUUCUUCUUCUUUUUUCCUUUUUAUUUCUCCUUUUGGAGGGUUUUUUCUAUGUUUAUCCAGUGGCUAGCAUGAUAAGGUUGCAGGCUAAAGGUUGCACUGGUCUUUUUUCUUGCAUUUUUGCCAAAUAAUUGCAGACAAUGUCGAAAGAUGAAAGAUGUUUGAUUGGUAUAAAGUUCUCCAUUGUUUGGAAAGUUCAUCAUUUGCUAAUGACAAUGUUGAAUUAUUUU